AUGUGUUGCUGUUUAUGUGGAUUAUUAAUUUCUGCUUUGGUGGCUCUAAUAGUACUAUUAAUUAUGAAUGGAAUUAUAAAAUUGAAUUGA